AUGGCAACCCAGCAGGCAUAUCAGACCGCAGGUGGCUUCGCUCACGUUUAUCUCGUACGGACGCCGACACCGGUCUACAACACGACUCACCAUGUCCUCAAACGAAUCGCCGUUGCCAACGAAGCCAUGCUCAGCGAGGUCAAGAGGGAAGUAGACGUUAUGCGGGUACUCAAAGGCCAUCCCAACAUCGUUCACCUCAUCGAUGCAGCAUGGCACCGCUUGCCUAACGGCACAUUUGAGGUUUUCAUCUUAAUGGAAUAUUGUCCAGGUGGUGGAAUCAUCGACAUGAUGAACCGGCGACUGCGGGAGCGACUCACAGAAGCUGAGAUUUUGCAAAUAUUCGUCGACUCUUCUCCGACUUCGUACAAGCUUUGCGAUUUCGGUUCCGCUAGCACGGUCCAAAGACCCCCGACGAAUACGCAGGAAAUCAGAGCACUGGAAGCUGACCUCGGAAGGCAUACGACGAUGCAAUACAGAGCUCCUGAAAUGAUCGACCUGUACUCAAAACGUCCAAUCGACGAGAAGAGUGAUGUGUGGGCAUUGGGAGUCUUGCUGUACAAGCUCUGCUACUACACAACCCCCUUCGAGGAGCAUGGGUCAUUAGCCAUCCUGAACGUGCAGUACCGCAUCCCCCCGUAUCCUCAAUAUUCAAAUCAAAUGAACAUGCUUAUCGCCUCGAUGCUUCGAGAGCAUGGAUCCCAGCGACCGACCGUGUUCGAACUUCUGAGACACGUACAUCAUCUUCGCGGAACCAAAUCACCAUUCACGUACAACAUACCUGUUCCUCAGCCUGUGGUUCCGCGACAUCACCAAAUCCCCCCGAAACCUGCACCAUCGCCUAUACCAGGACCCCAACACCACACCGGUUCUCGCCAAGUUGCGAAUGGCCUCCGAUCGGCACCCGUCGUAACAUCAGGGUCCCCGCCAAAAGGUCAGGGAGUGCAAGCCAGGGAGAAGGUGUUGGAGGCGAUCGCUCCUAUGCGCCGAGGCAGACCGGUACAGCCAAAAGAAGGUUCAUCUUCCAGGCAGCCUAGUCCACAGAAGCACGCGCCACCUAAGCCUGUCCUGCCUGUCCAGCCAAUUCAGCCAGCGAAACCUGCUGUCAAAGAAUCAAAUUGGCUUGACAAGGAGGAAGCAUCUCUGAAGACUGCGAACGCUCAAGCGGAAGCACGCGAGAGAGCUAAUGCGCUCUUUGACGAAGCAUGGCGUGUGUCUAGCGCUACAGCCACCAAAGAAUCAGAUUCUAAAGCAUCGUCGGGUUUCGAGAACGACUUUGCGGACAAGUUGUGGCGUGCCCCCAAUCCAAAUAUGAGCCUAUCUCCCGCGAAAGUCAGCCCCAAACCCACCUCGCAUGGCCACUCGGCAAGCGCUGUCAUCAAGCCGCUUUCGCAUACAGGAAGCGACGCGCUGCGUAAUGGACGGGGUAAGGACGCAUUCGAGGGAUUGGGCCUCAUCACUUCCAUCGGUAAACCCGCACCUACUCUUGCCGAAGCGCGAAAACUUCGAACAGGCUUAGCCAUCAUGAGUUCGCAACCGAAUCAGUAUGGCAGUACCAAGCCUGCUGAGUUGUCGGUCAAACCUACUACGGACGGGGGGUCGACGCAUCCAACUCCAUCGCCUCGCCCUUCGUAUCUUGGCCCCACGACAGGCCACUUCCAAUCGACUUCUAGGAGCACCACUCCAAAUCCAGAACCUUGGCGGGGAUCUGCACCUGCUCCCAGCUCGGCCCAUGCCAGCAAGGACGGGACGCCAAUCGAGUCACGGUUCCCUUCAUUGGAAGAGCUAGAUGCUCAGUUCUCGGCCACUUCAUUGUACCCAGCGUCUGCGCAGGCUAACGACCGAUUCGCCAGCCGAUCAACGCCUACCGUUGCGCCUUCGCUACCCCCUCGCCCGAGUGCAAAUGUGCCCAAGGAAGAUCCUGAACGUCCUUCUCGUUUCAACGCUCCGCCGUCCGCUCCUCCGACUUUGGAUUCUCUGGAGAAGAAAUAUGAAGCGACCUCUGUCAGGAACGACUGGAAGUCAUCACCAUCGACACGCAGUGCGGUUGAGAGCAGGACGGAAUCCUCGCCAGCUAAGCUCCCAAGCGGUUCGGCGACAAUGAGGUUCGCUAUGGAGGAAUUGAAGUCUACCCAGUCAUCUUCGGGCACGUCGCAAUCUACCAAAUUGUCGUCGAACCGACCACCCUCUCCCUCGAAGCAUUCACGAACCGCACCUGCGCCUGAUUGGCUCACUGGAGACGGCGAUGUUACCGAAAACACCAUUGAGAAGGCCACCACUGGACCUGUUGUUCGCGAUACGCCAGCCAAGAGAGCUUCCGUCAUCUUGAAAAAUGACUUCAAGAUCCAAGAACCUGUCACUGCGCAGUACGAUACAACGCCAGUGAUACGCCCAGAAAAGUCCCUUCAUCCAGAAGAAUCACCCACUGUCGCACGGUUCACGAAGAAUUUCCCUGCCAUUGACACUGCGUCUGCGAAUGAGCUCUUGAUCCAGAACGAGCCGUUGACGGAUAAUUGGAGCCCAAUUGUUGCGAGCAAACCUCCGCCCCAACUUCCCCGCAGGCCGUCCAAAAAGGAACUCGAAGCCGCAGAGUCUGCUUCGAGUGCUGACGAUGAUGAGGGGCCGGAGGACCUUGGUGGUUUGACCAGCCCGCCCAAGAAGAUGGGCAGUCUACGAGCUUCGCGACACAAGGGGCGGCAAAGCUCUGUACAUGAGCUUGUUGAUCUGUGGGGAGGCAAAGGGCCUGCUAAAGACAGACCUCGCGAUGAACCUUCUUCGCCAUUGAAGGCGGCAUCUGCGGAGAAACCUGUUACUAGACCAAAGCCUCGACCAACAUCCUUACUGCCGCCUCAGCGUACUCCUUCGUUCAGCAUGCGAUCUGUCAGUGGUGGUGCAAGGAUAUCACCCAUCCAGCGAGUUCCUUCACCGCAGCCGUCGCCCAGCCUUCCGGAAAAGUCGCCACCGCUCCACUCCCCUCCCAUUACCACGUCUCCCUCCAGCGGUACCGGUCGAUCCCGCCCUCAGUCUAUGUUCAUCUUUCCUUCCAAAUCCACCGAUGCAUUACCGAGCCCAUCUCAACCUACGGGGAUGGGACCUCCGCCUGAGGAAGGCACGCAGCGCCCAGCCCGUCGCCAAACGUCGAUAUCGAACAUGGUGCAACGAUAUGAGGCCAUUGGCGGUAAAGUGAUUGCCCCUCAGCAAGCCGCUCCAUCACCCGUUACUCGUAAACCGAGUCUUAACCUCAAUAAGAGCUCUGUGCCCCCCAAUCAAGUCGAAACUGGGCGUAUCAAGGUCUUACCUGUGCCUGACAAGGUACCUGCGAUUGCACCGAAGGACGAAUUCAGACCUGCUUGGAUAUCCGGGGAGGCGGCUCGAACACGCACAACCUCGACUGGUCCUCUGAAAGCCAGUCUGGACAUCCCUCGCACGACGGUCAAACCCCAGCGGGUGUCACCUAUCGAACGUAAGCCAACCGGGUCACCCAAGAAGAACCUCGUUGGUCUGCCUUCGAUUACCACAACCACGAAUGCUGUCGUUUUCCCGAAGCGCAGACCGACGUUGCCGUCGGAAGAUGUCCUGUCACCUCCUGCUUCGAACAGCGAUGAUCGAUCAGUAUCUCCUGAAAGGCCAUAUCAAGGUGUAGGGAAGCUCAUUGAUCAAUGGCAGCGCAAAUCCGAAGAGAGCGAGGGCUUCCAUGGCAGGCCGCCUAUAAAACGAGCCGGCCUCGUUCAAGGCAAUCGUGGAUAG